GCAAAUACGGACACCCAUCAUCCACGAGCAGAGAAGGUCGACUUCGGCGUAACAUCCAUCCAUCCAUCGACCGACUUCCUUGGCGAACAACUGCCCUAACUCCGAUGUCCAGUGGAGCGACCAGAUUCGGACAAACCUUUGGCGUUUGCAAGCAAAGCAGCCCGCGUGGAGUGACCUUCCAUCGCGCUUGAGGUCAGCGGCAUCCAGUGGAGCGAGUAGAGCAGCGGAGUUGGAGCUAGCAGUUGUCUACAGAGCAUCGUGAGUUAGUUUUGCCUCAAGCGUCAUAAAAAAUUCCCGUAUCUGCGGGCCAUCGAUCCACAUGUUGAUGGUAUUGAAGUGACACUCUCUAUGACAUAUGACCUCCUACUAUUAAUUUAUUGGUCAAAAGUGGAUAUCUAUUUAGGUAAGUUUUCCAAUGUGAUUGCUUUCGGAGUAAAAAUAGUUGAGGAAAUUUAUUAUCGAUGAGGAAGAUUUCGUCUUAUGUGGGACAAUCAAAAGUUCUCUUGAAAGAUAGUGAACUAACAAGGUUAUCAUUUGAAACUGCAGAUCAUUAGUACUUUAAACCAUUUCAAGUAACUUUUCAAACAUAUUUGAUGGUUCAUGAGACACGUUCUGGGAAGAAAAAUGAAGCUGACAAGGGUAAUAGUGGGAAAGGAUCAUAUAGUUUUGACACUGGAAAGAUGAAUCACCUUGAGUUGAGAAAGUCCUCUCAGGAAAUGCCGUUAAGGACAUGGAAGUCUAAGAUACUUGAGAAGCAGCCACAACCUUCUCAAAGGAGGUCUGGGAGAUCUGACACGCCCAGUCCUUCAAGGAACUCCAAUAGAGUUACAAGACAUAUUAUAUCCACUUCUUCAGUAGCAAAUCUCUCAGAGGGAGAGUUGUAUUUGUUUGGCACAAAGAAGAAAGGAGAAAAAUAUAAGAGUGUCAAGAAUUUAAAUAUAAUGAAAUCUGUGAAAGAUGACACCUCUAGUGAUCAUAACAUAUCUAUGAAAAGGAAGAGAAUGGAUGCCCGAAGUUUUAGUUCAUUCUUCAAACAGCAACGGACAAGAGAUGCAAUACCAGCAACUUACGAGGUUUCAAAAAGAUCAAGUAAAUUUCCUAGAUUUGGCAGUGACGACAAUCUUGUCGAGGACAAAGUGGAUGGGGUUGUCGAUUGCCACCGAGAGGUUAAAAGAAAUUUCGGUGAAGACCAUGCUGCACUAUCUGACAAAGUAGAAGAUACCCUCUCUUGUUCAGAGGAUUUUAUCAUGGGAGCUUUCCAUAGUCACGAUGGGGCAGGAUUGCCACAUGCAACGGAUAUUUCUAUUUCCGCACAAGCACCAUCUGCUUGUCUAUCUGAAGCAGAUAAUUUAGAAUCUUCAACAAAUGGGAGCAUAAUCAGUGCAACCUUGGAUGGAACUGAAAAACUGCUAGAGGGACACUCUGGUAGAGAAACUGAAAAGAUCCCAAAUUUGACAGGGUCUACUCCUUUAUGCGAACUUAAUUCAACCAAUGGAGAGCAAAGUAGAAAAAGAAAUUCCGAUAGCAUCCAAACUGUCUGCAAAUUAAUUUCUGUGACCGCUCAAUCAACGUUUGCCAGCCAUGGAAAGCGUUGCUUUCCUGGGUCCUGUGAUAUAUGCAUGAAACAGAAAAGUCAAUGUCAUGAUUCACCAAGUGUGGAGCUCUGCACGUGUGGUGCUCUUCCAAAGGACAUUAGUCAUAAAACUUUAUACAAGGAUAGAGUGAGUGUUGAAGCUACUGCUAGUGGGAAAUCUAAAGGUGCAAACAUGGUCUCUGAGGUGGAUAAUCUAAAAAAUGCUUGUGAUGCGUGCAAGCAAGAUGGAAAAAGCCUGUUAUGUUAUGGUGAAGGUUGUAGUAGAUGUUACCACCUCUCUUGUUUAGGGUCUCCUUUAGGUGAUGUUCCAUCUGGAAUCUGGCAUUGUCUCUGGUGCGUGAAGAAAAAGAUAGAAUUGGGUGUCCACGCAGUAUCGAAAGGAGUAGAGUCAAUUUGUGAUGCUAGAGAAGUGGAAAUGUCAGGAACCAAAAAGCAGAAACAGUAUCUUGUCAAGUAUCAAGGUCUCGCCCAUGCUCACAACCAGUGGCUACCAGAAGCUCCAUUGCUUAUUGAAGUGCCAUCAAUUCUUGCAGAAUUUAAUCAGAAAACUCAUGAUGUAAGCUGGAAUUCUGAAUGGACAAAGCCUCAGCGUUUACUAAGGAAAAGGUUAUUAUCUUUCUCCAAGCUGCAUGUGGAAAACCAAAAUCUUGAUGUUGGUGAUAACCUAGAAUGCCAAUACGAGUGGCUUGUAAAGUGGAAAGGCCUUGAUAUUGAGGAUGCGACAUGGGAGUUGGAGAAUGCGGAUUCUCUCUGUACUUCUCAUGGUCUAAGCCUCAUUAGACAAUAUGAGAGUUGUCAAAGAAAACAGAGUGAUAUGCUUUCCAAUCUUACUGCAAAUGAUAAUGGACUUGGACCUUCCAAGUUUCUUGAGUAUUGGCUUCCUGUUCAAGUUUCCAAUUUGCAGCUUGAGCAGUAUUGUAAUACGCUUCUCUCAAAUCUCAAUGCCCUGUGCUCUUACACAAAAAAGAGUGAUCCUGUUGGAGUGCUUAAUACAGUUCUUCUCGAUCUUCGAAAGUGUUGUGAUCAUCCGUAUAUUUUUGAUGGAUCUGUGCUACCCCUGAACAAGGGGCUUUCUCCUACUGAGAUUUUGGAUUUCGGAAUAAAAGCAAGUGGAAAACUGCUUCUUCUUGACAAGAUGCUGUCAGAAAUGAAACACAAACAUCUCAGUGUAGUUAUCUAUUUUCAGGACUCUAUUGGCCCUGUAUCAUCACUUGUUAACAUAUUGGAGGAAUUUUUACGAGGAAGAUUCGGAGAAGAUUCUUAUGAAUGUGUACAUACUUGUCUCCAUGCAUCGAAGAGGCAAGCAGCUCUCAAUAAGUUCAUGAAGAAGGAAAGUGGACAAUUUGUACUGCUAUUGGAGAGUCGUAUUUGCAAUGCAAGUAUUAGAUUAUCAUCAGUAGACAGUGUAAUCAUAUAUGGUGGUGAUAAUAAUCCACGAAAUGAUUUGAAGCUUAUACAGAAGCUAUCCUUUACAUCGCUGUCUGAAUCAAUCAGAGUUUUCCGGCUAUAUUCGUGCUAUACGGUAGAAGAGCAAGCACUUGUAAUUGCAAAGCAAGAUCCUAAUGUUGAUAAUUUGCUGAGUUUAAACAGGAAUUUGAAAUGCACUCUCAUGUGGGGUGCUUCGUUAUUAUUCAGUAGAUUGGAUGAGUACCAUGCCAGUGACUGCCAGGCAUCAGCUUCAGAUAUGUCACGUGAACAGUUAUUUAUAAAUGAUCUUAUCAAGGAAUUCUGUACUAUAGUAUCUCCUAACAGAGAAAUGGAUGCCAUGCAUGAGUCAGUGAUCUCCAAAGUACUCAAGAGUUCAGGACCUUGCAUUACAGAUCUUCCAUUAUUUGGUGAGCAGAAAGUUAAGUAUACACACGGAGAAGAGCCACAAGUAUUCUGGAAAAGGCUGUUGGAAGGAAGAUCUCCUCAAUGGAGACAUAUAAGUGGUCCAACCCCGAGGAACAGAAAGAGAGUCAAAUACUUUGAGAGCUCACCACGUACUCCAGAGGUUAGUAAUGAUGAGGCAGGGAAAAAGCGUAGGAAGAUGGUGAAUAGUGGUGUGGAUGCUAUCCCUACUUUGCCUAUACCUGAAGGUGUUCAACUUGCUGCUUCAAAAAAAGGAGUGUCUACAACUAGAUCUUCAAGCAGCCCAUCACAUGUAGUUGAUGUUGAACACGUGGAAAGAAAGUCUCUACUUGUUGAGCAGAAGACCAUUCACAUCUUUCUAAAAGAAGCGAUUACCAAAGUCUUUGAAGUGCUAAAACUUUCGAAUGAUGUCAAAUACAUGGUUGGAAGACUCCUAGAUUAUAUUAUGGAGAACCGCCGUGUUUGCGGGGAACCACCAACUCUACAAGCACUGCAAGUAUCACUGUGUAGGAUGUCUGCAAAACUCCUGAAGAGAAAAGCUGAGGUGAGCAAUAUACUUGUGCUAACAAAAGAGCAUUUGAAAUUUGAAUGCACUGAAGGUGAAGUAGACAAAAUCUAUAUGAAAUUGCGUUCAUCAAAGGAAGCAUUUUUGCGUCACUUGGAAAAGACUGGAUUUACCUUAAAGCCAUUAAAAGGGAUGGAAAAUGUGGCAACUGAUAUAAUAAAGGAUACAAUAUGCAUAGGAGAAAAUGUUCCACAACAAACCACAGGUUUAAAGGGUAAAGUUGUUGAGAGUGAGAUGGAUAAGAUGAUUAGGCAAGUUCAGUGCAAGUGUGACUUGAGAAUGUCAAGGCUCAAAGAAAAACAACAAGAGGAAAUUGAGAUCUUCCAAAAGGACUGGGAAGACAAGAUGAUGGCUAUAGAGAAACUUCACACAGUGCAGUUAAUCAUUACUCGUGCCAUACAUUGUAAUACCAUUAUGGGAAAGAGCAAGGUGAAGCAAUUGAAUGAUGAAUUUGCAAGAAAAUUAGCUGAACACAACCGCCUGAAGGACUUGAAAUUAAAUGAAAUUGAAGAGAAGCAUGAAAAGGAAAGGGCUGUGGAAAUGCAAAAGGCUGUUGCUUGGGUUGCUAAAGCUAAAUUAUGCUGUAUCGAUGGUGUAGCUGCUGAGCUGCAUACAAGCACUUCUGAUUCCAGAAGUGAUGCGGGUGACCUGCAAUGUAGUGCAGAUUCUGAUAUUCAUAUAUCUGAUUCCAAAGAUGUCUCUGGAAACCUUCAAGAUAUUGCUUACAUUGGUCAUAUCAUUUUUCACGUGGAAGAAGCCGAUAAGAACCUUCGAGAUACUGCAGAUGCAAGAAAGAUAUCUGACUCCAGGGAUGAUGUUGCAAACCUUCAAGAUUAUAUACAUGCCUACAAAAGUACCACUGAUGUUGCUGCUUCUGGGAAUGUUGUUGGCGACCUUGAAGAUAAUACAUGUGUUGAUAUAAUUAAUCAUCAGUCUAAUGUUAUUCCCAGAGAUGACAUUGGAAACAUUCAAGGCGAUGCUGGUGUCUAUAAUCCAUUAAGUGUUGCUUCUCCAUCUGGUUGUAAUGUACAGGGAAAUGAGCCUACUAUUGUUUUGAUUGAUGAACCAGAGCUCAGUGUGGAACCUUCUAAUGUGUCAACAUUUACCACAGAUGUGGUCCAAAGUAAAGAAUUUGUAACUAAUACAAGUUCUGAAAAGCCAACAGAGACCAUAUCUUCUGCAGAAGCAUUGGUACCUAGUCAUCAGCUACCUAAUGAAAUAUGUAAUAUUGUUCCUGUGGUUCCAUCCGCUUUUGAAAAGCUUACUGUUGAUGAAAUUUCAGUUGGUGCACAUAGUGAUGGUGUUAUACAUGACCAUAUAUCUGAAGACGCAGUUCAUGUGGUCCCAUUGACUGCUGAAAAGCUUACUGUUGACAAGAUAACAGUAGGUGUUUCAGUAGGUGCACAUAGUGAAGAUGUUACAAGUGACCAUGCAUCACAUGACACUGUUCAUGUGGUUCAGUUGACUUCCAAAGAGAAUGCUGUCGAUGAUAUUUCAGUAGAUGUAUAUAGUGAAGGGGUUACAAGUGGACAUCCGUCAAAGGGUACUGUUGAUGUGGUCAAAUUGACUUCCGAAAAGUAUAAUGUGGAUGAAAAUUCAGCAGAUGCGUAUAGUGGAAGUGCUAUAAACUACCAUUCAUUGGAGGACACUGUGCAUGUGGUCCUAUUGACUUCUGAAAAGCAUACUAUUAAUGAGAUUUCAGUAGGUGCGCAUGGUGAAGAUGUUCUAAUUGACCAUCCAUCAGAGGAUACUGUUCCUAUGAUCCAAUCGACUUCCAAAGAGUAUCCUGUUGAUGAUAUUUCAGUAUGCUUGCGUAGUGAAGGUGUUAUAAGUGACCAUCCAUCAGAGGACACUGUUCCCGUGUUCACAUUAACCUCUGAAAACCAUGAUGUCAUUGACAUUUCAGUAGGUGUGCAUAGUGAAGACGGUACAAGUGACAAUCCAUCGGCGGACACUGUUCCUGUCCCAUUGACUUUUGAAAAUGAUAUUUCAGUAAGUGCACUUAGUGAAGAUGUUAUCCAUGGCCAUCCAUCAGAGGACACUAUCCCUGUUGUUCCAUUGUUCUUUGAAAAACAAACUGUUGAUGAGAUUUCAGUAGGUGCGCAUACAGAAGAUGUUAUACAUGACCAUAAUAAAGAUGCACACGUUGAAGAUGUUAUACGUGACCAUGUAUUGGAAGAUACUGUUCCUGUGAUCCCAUUGACUAUUCAAAAGCAUACAGCUGGUGAAAUUUCAGUUAGUGUGCAUAGGGAAGAUAUUUUACAUGGUCAAUCGUCAGAAGUGCCUGAUGCAAGUAUAACUACAGGGGGAUUGGUGGUAAAUGGUUGUACGCCUACUAAUAAGACUGAUUUCUUAAAUAAUGAUGGAAACCAUAAUGGUGCAGCUAAUAAAUCUGCAGAUAAUAACUCAGCAUCCCAAGAUAUUUUAUUUGCCUUGCCCAAUGUACAAACAGGUGCCUGUUCAGAUGAUGGCGGACUAUCACAGCAAGAUCAGGUACCUUAUGAUCAAUCUUGCCAGCCUUUAGCUUCUAUUCAAUCACAAUGCAAUCAUGGCAACAGAUCAGAAUCUGAAGCUGCACCUCCCCUAUUGGAUGCUGUGAGACCAGUUAUGCUGUGGAGUUGUGAAUCCUCACUGUCCGGAAACAGGGAGCCACAGCUACCACCUUCUGGUGGCCUCACUAAUAGAUCUGAUCAACUUCCUCUCAAUCCGGAAAACAAGGAUUCACAUUGCUCCGAGCCUUCUAAUGUGAUGCUUCAUCAGAGUCAAAUAAAUUUAGAAGCAAAUAGCAUAAGAUGGGACACUAAUAGAUCUGAUCAACUUCCAAGUAGGGAACGACACUGCACACCUCAGAUCACCAUUCCCCCCCGUGAAGUGAGGGUCAUCAAUAGAUCUGAUCAACUUCCUCUCAAUAGAGAAAACAAUGAUUCACAUUGCUCCGAGCCUUCUUCUAAUGUGACACUUCAUCAGAGUCAAACAGAUUUAGAAGUGAAUAGAACAAGAUCCCAGCCAGGUGGUGAACGACGCAGCAUACCUCAGAUCACUAUUCCCCCCCGUGAAGCGAGGGUCACAAGAGAUCUUCCUAACCAAGCAAAUGUGCAACCUUCUAAUAUGACCUCUAUUCAGGGACCUAAUAACGUCCUAAUGACUCAUCUUCCCCAUUUUUUUACUCCAGUAAACCCCCCAGGCCGUGUUCCAUUUAAUCCUCUUUCCAAGGAAUUGGAAAGGUUACGUAAUGAAAUAGAAGUAGCCGUGAAGUCUCAUGAAGAUUGGAAGGUGCAGCAGAGAUCUGAAUGUGAGAAUGAAAUAAAGGAAAUGGUUGCACAAAUUUGUAAAAAAUAUGAGGCAAAAAUAAUGGACGGUGAAGCAGCUCUGUUAAAGAGGAAAAGUGAACUAGAAGCAAAUCAAAGCAAAGUCCUUCAACACAAGAUAUUGGCUGAAGCUUACAGAUCGAAGUGUUUGGAACCCAGGUGGUCUGCAGCGCUUCCCCAAAUGCAGCAAAUUAGAAGUGAAAAUACUAUUUCUUCGCCUGGAGCUGUACAUCCUGGUUAUGUACAGCAUGUACCUAUGCUGCCCCCAUUGAGAACUCCUGCAUUUUCUCCACCUUCACUCCAUACUCCUAGUCCAACAGUUUCUUCUCUUAGGCCACCACCAGGUUUUUCUUCUUCAGCUGGCCAGCACUCGAUAGCUAACCACCAUCAGGCUUCUUCCACCCCGCAUCCUUCCAGGACAUAUCAUACUAACCCCUCACCCACCUCCAGAUCCACCCCCUCCGUUAAUAUUUCAUUUUGUUCUGGUCCACUAUCCGCAGUUCCCAACCGACCGCCAUUUGUUGGUGACGUAUCCCCUUCCCCUGGAAGUAUUCGUACCCCGGCCCCACAUCUUCAAUUGUUCAGACCUAUAUCCCUCCCCCAGGUGUCACCUCAGUCGCCACAGGCAGUGUCUUCUCUACCACUUCAAAAGACGGGAACCACACCCCCGCAUCCACAACUGACAGCUGUACAUAAGAACAUGGAAGCCAAUAAUACUGUCUUGCCUAAUAACACUUCACUGCCCCCCUUACCGGAAAUUGGUACCGCAUUUGAUUUGGUAGACCUAUCUGAGUUUGAGUCAACAACGGGUACCUCUGCACCUCAAGUGAGUGCUGUUGCUGAUGUGGUCUGUCUCUCUGAUGAUGAUUGACAUUCAUUUGGAAGGGCAUUGAACUAUCUCAGGGGUAAUUUUUUGCUGAUGACAUGAAAUGUAAAAAUCUCUCCACGAUUCCAUAUAUGUAUAGAGUUUUUUUUACAUUUUGUUUUGGCUGCGCUAGGAGGAAUCCUCAAUUGUACAGUAAAAUGGAUUCAUUAUGCAUUCCCAGUGACUGGCUAUUUUCAUCAUCAGCAAACACACACAUAAACGCGUGGUUUGUUUGCUAUGGUUUUAUUGUCAUUUUGUGUUCUUCGAGUAUGUAGGUCAGUAGGUAAGUAAGCAGCGUUCCUUUUCUCUAGCGUUGAACUAACACAAAGCUUUGAGCCGCUCACUUUUAAAAUUGAAACCUCAUUAUCAAAUCUUGAUAUGACAUUAGUCAAGAUCGUUGUGAUUUAAUUGUUUGUUUUAG